AUGUCGUCAGGUGUCCCAUCGCAAACCGCUCAGGCGCAAAAGUCUCAAGAUACAAGUGCACCAGACUUCAAAGAGCUUGGUAUCGAGAAUACGAAUAUCAAGACUGAUUCUGGUGUCGACUUGUCCGGAAACCAGAAGGUGCUUGUAGGAAGCGUUUUAGAUCUUUUCGCCGGUAGACCUUCAUUAAAGAAACUUCAGCUUUGGAAGGACGACGCCACAUUCGCCGACCCAAUUACCAAAGCCGAGGGGCGAAAACAAUACGAAGCCCAGUGGUACGGACUACAAACAGCAUUCUCCGAAAUCGAGCGUCUUUCAUAUAACGUCGUGUCCGGCGGAAACCCAAUCACCAUGAACCUCAGCACCAGAUAUGUCGUUAAGGGUAUCAAUACCGAGCAGACGAUCGAUAGUGUGGUGAAGAUCCAUACUGAUGCGGAGGGCAAGCAUAUUACGAUGGUUGAGGAUAAGUGGAAUGGCAGUAUUCCAGAGGGACCGUUUACUAAGGUUUUCCGAAACCUCAACUCUGUUGUUGUACCUGCAUUCGUUAGCGUUCCAAAGAAUGAGGAGGAGGACCGUAAGAAGGGUAACUGA